CAGAAGAUACUUUUCGUAUGUGUCAUGUGAGAGGGAAAGAGAAACUAGAAGUAGAAUGACUGCUGACUUUUUCAGCUUUAAUUCUGUGGCUGUCUUUUAUACUAUGGCUUAGAUCAAGAAAUAUUUAAUAGAAAACAAGAUGCAUGAUGCAUAUGAAGCUACAACUUUACUAGAGAAGUUGCCGCUAAAAAUUGAAUCAAUUACUUGCAGUGGUGACAUCUUGCUUGUUGGAACAAAGGAAGGGCAUCUUCUUCAGUAUCGAAUAAAGAGGGGUAUAGGGGAAAAUAAAUAUGAUGUUGUGUUGGAGCGCUCAAACAAAAAUUUUGGAAAGAAACCGAUCACACAGUUAUCAGCAGUGCCAGAACUCUUUUUACUCAUCAGUCUAUCAGAAAAUGUAAUCAGUGUCCAUGACCUCAAUUCAUUCCAAUUAAUAGUAUGUAUGAACAAAACAAAGGGGGCCACUUUGUUUGCUGUGGAUGUGCAGAAUGCCAAGUCUCUGUCUGGAGGAGAUCAGUGCAUGUUACGACUCUGUGUGGCUGUCAGAAGAAAACUACAGAUCAUGUUUUGGAAAAACAAAAAUUUUCAUGACUUGAAGGAAGAGCUCACUCUGUAUGAAGUUCCAAAAGCCAUGAGCUGGUGUAAAGAUUCAAUUUGUGUAGGAUUCUAUAAAAGAGAGUACUUUCUAGUCAAGGUUAAUUCAGGUGAUACCAAAGAGUUAUUUCCCCUGGGCAGUAAACAACAGGAUCCAAUCAUAGCUCGUAUAGAUGAUGACAGAUUGAUUCUAGGUCGAGACGAAGCAUCAAUUAUAAUUGAUUCUGAUGGCAACCCAACACAGAGAUACCCUAUAAACUGGUCAGAUCUUCCUAUCCAAAUAGAAAACAACCCACCAUAUGUGAUUGCAGUUUUACCUAAGUAUGUUGAAAUUCGAACUGUGGAACCAAAGUUGAUGAUUCAGAGUAUAUCACUUCCGAAAGCUCACUCAAUCUGUCAGGGGAGUGGCUGUUUAUUUAUUUCUUCACCAACAAAUGUGUGGAAGUUAACACCCAGACCUUUAAGUUACCAAAUUAAACAACUAUUGGAAAACAAAGAGUUCGAACUCGCAUUAAAGCUGGCCGACAUGACAGAAGAUGAAGAAGACAAAGAUGGGCUCAUUCACAGAAUUAAGACUCUGUAUGCUUUCCAUCAUUUCUGUCAGCACAAGUUUGAGGAUUCCAUGGCGAUUUUCGUCAAACUUGAGACAGACCCCUCCCAUGUCAUAGGAUUAUAUCCAAACUUGCUUCCACAAGAAUAUAGGAACCAGUUAAGCUAUCCUGACAAACCACCAGACCUUGAAGGAGGUGAACUGGAGAAAGCAUUACUAGCAUUGCAAGAUUACCUCACACAGAAAAGAAAAGAUGUUAUGAAAGGUGCAAGUAAGGAGAUAGAGACCACUGCCAUUAAGGAGGGCAACAUAACCAUCAAAUCCAAAAAACAGCUGAGUCAGAUCAUCGACACCACCCUACUCAAAUGCUAUCUACUGACCAAUGAUGCCCUGGUGGCGCCAUUACUCCGUCUGAAGGACAAUAAUUGUCACGUGGAAGAAAGUGAGAAAGUACUCAAGAAAAAGGAGAAAUUUAGUGAACUCAUUAUACUGUAUGAAAAGAAGGGCUUACAUGAAAAAGCCCUUCAACUUCUCAUGAAGCAAGCUGCCAGACCAACUUCUCCACUGAAAGGACACGAUAGGACCGUGCAGUAUCUCCAGUAUUUAGGUAGUGACCAUUUGAAAUUGAUCUUCGAGUAUGCAGAGUGGGUCUUAAAAGAACAUCAAGAAGAUGGACUUAAGAUUUUCACGGAAGAUUUGCCAGAAGUAGAAAACCUACCAAGAGAAGAAGUUUUGAAUUAUUUAGAAAUGAUUAAUAGAGAUUUAGCAAUUCCAUAUCUAGAACACAUAAUAUGGAAGUGUGAUGAUAAAUCUCCAGAAUUCCACAACAGGUUAGCCCAGUCACUGGGAGAGAAGGUCCAGAAACUCAUGAUGGAGUAUCUCCAGGGUCUCCCAGAAGGUCACCUUCCCAGCAGGGCAGGCAUGGAACCUGGAGAGUUAGGGGAAGCCCGCAGCAGACUUCUCAAGUUCUUAAACAAGUCUGAAUUCUAUGUCCCAGAGAGAUUGCUCACCAAAUUUCCUCUUGACGGAUUCUAUGAGGAAAGGGCAAUCUUGCUGGGCAGACUCGGCAGACAUGAACAAGCAUUAGGAAUCUAUGUUCAUAUUCUUCAUGAUGUUCAUCUGGCAGAGGAAUAUUGUAAGAAGUACUAUCGAAGAGAUAAAGAAAGUCAGAAGGAUGUGUAUUUUUUCCUACUUAAAAUGUAUUUGGACCCUCCCUCGUCCUCCACACUGGGCCUGUCAGCUAGUCAGGGCAUUGUUCCUAAACCCAACAUGGAGGCUGCACUUCAACUCAUGAGGGACCAUGCUCCAAAAAUCGACACCAGCAAAUCACUGGAACUUUUGCCAUCAACAACCAGAAUGUCAGAUAUCUUAGCUUACCUGGAAAAUGUGAUGGAACAUCAAGCCAUGAUCAGAAGAAAGAACCAAGUGCUGAAAAGCAUGCUGUAUGCUGAAAAUCUCCAGGUGCAUGAACAUAGAAUGUUUUAUGAAAAAUGCAGAGUUACGAUAACAGAUGAGAAGAUGUGCCGAGUCUGUAAGAAACGAAUUGGAAACAGUGCCUUUGUGAGGUAUCCAAACGGCGUCAUUGUUCACUACUACUGUUGCAGAGAUACGAAAGAAUGUCCAGUUGACAUCUGAAAAGAGUAUAACCACCAUACUGAUUUCUGCUGGCAUUCAAAAUUAUUCAGUUGUUUGAUUUUAAUAUUAAAACAGUUUUAUACUGUGAUAUGUUAUUGAUACAUGUACAUGCAAUGAAAAUUACAGAAUUGAUUGUCAAUAUUUUUAUUAUGUUUUAGUUGUCAUUAUUUCAGUGCAAUUCGAUGUAAACAUGUAUUAUGUAUAAAUAUCUUUAAAUCAAUUAUUAUCAUUGCAAAUUGCAUUUCUUUUCUUUCAGAAAUUAUUUGUAUUUGUGAUGUUUUAAACGCAUUGUUUGAUGUAUUGUUAUGAAAUGCUUGUUUGUUAAAUAUAACAUUAACGACGUAUAUACAGAU